AUGUGGAGGUUGAAGAUCUCGGAGGGAGGAAGCCCGCUGCUUCGGUCGGGCAACGGCUUCCUCGGCAGGGCUGUGUGGGAGUACGAUCCCAAUGCCGGCACCCCGGAGGAGCGCGCCGACGUUGAGAGGCUGCGCUGCGACUUCACCCGCAACCGCUCUCAGAGAAAGGAGUCGCAGGACCUCCUCAUGCGCAUGCAGUUUGCAAAACAAAAUGGCAUCGAAGCAAAUGUUCCGACCUUCAAUCUUGAAGACAAUGACAUCACUGAAGGAGCUAUACUAACUUCACUGAGGAAAGCCCUGAAUCAAUACGCAAAGUUGCAAGCAAAAGAUGGGCACUGGCCUGGUGAUUAUAGUGGAAUUAUGUUCAUUAUGCCACUCUUGAUAUUCUCCUUACAUGUUACUGGAACUCUCAAUGUGAUCUUAUCAUCAGAACACAGACGUGAGAUAUGUCGUUACAUUUAUAACCACCAGAACGAAGAUGGUGGCUGGAGCACCCAGGUUUUGACAAAGAGCACCAUGUUCGGCUCAUGCUUAAACUAUGCCACCUUAAGGCUCUUAGGUGAGAUAUCAGAUGGCAAAAAUGAUGCAUUAGCCAGAGGGCGUGCCUGGAUUUUAUCUCAUGGAAGUGCAACUGCGGCGCCUCAAUGGGCAAAGAUAUGGCUCUCGGUAAUCGGUGCAUACGACUGGUCCGGAAACAAUGCAAUCAUUCCUGAAUUGUGGAUGGCACCCCAUUUUCUUCCAUUUCAUCCAGCAAGAUUUUGGUCCUUUGCUCGCAUGGUUUACAUGCCAAUGGCUUAUCUUUAUGGGAAAAAAAUUGUUGGACCGAUAACUCAAACUAUACUGGAAAUAAGAGAGGAAUUGUACAACAUCCCCUACAAUGAGGUUGACUGGAACAAGGCCCGUGAUUCAUGUGCCAAGGAAGACCUUAAGUACCCUCGUUCACCUGUACAACAUAUAGUUUGGACAUGUCUAAACAAGAUUGUGGAGCCAAUGUUGAAUGUUUGGCCAUUCAAUAAGCUAAGGGCUAUAUCAUUGAGCAACCUCAUGAAACAUAUAUACUAUGAGGACGAAGCUACUUACCACAUUGGUUUAUGUCCAAUCAACAAGGCAUUGAAUAUGAUAUGCUGCUGGGUAGAAAACCCAAAUUCGGAUGCAUUCAGGGCACAUCUUCCUAGGAUUUAUGAUUAUUUGUGGCUUUCUGAAGACGGCAUGAAGGCACAGGUAUAUGAUGGGUGCCAAAGCUGGGAAACAUCGUUUAUAGUUCAAGCUAUUUUCUCCACAGAUUUGAUUGACGAGUUCGGGUCAACUCUUAAGAAAGCUCAUGAAUUUCUAAAAAAUUCACAGGUUCUUCAUGAUCUUCCUAGUCACCAAAACUACUAUCGUGAUAGAUCCAAAGGUUCAUGGACUCUUUCAACAGCAGACAAUGGUCGGUCAGUUCCUGAUUCUACUGCAGAAACAAUCCAGGCAUUGUUGUACCUGUCUAAGGUUUCUGCUGACAUAGUUGGGCUUCCAAUAAAGGAGGAAAGAUUGCAUGAUGCCAUUGAUUGUCUACUCUCUUAUGUGAACGAAGAUGGUACAUUCUCUUCAUCUGAAUCAAAAAGAACAGCUUCGUGGACAGAGGUCCUCAAUCCUUCUGAGAGUUUUCGGAACAUUGUUGUUGAUUAUCCACAUGUCGAGUGCACAUCAUCGGCAAUGCAAUGCUUUAUAUUGUUCAACGAGUUAUACCCGGAGUAUCGUGCUGAAGAGAUAAAGAAAUGCAUAAAGAAAGCAGCUAUAUUUAUCGAGAACCAACAAAGCAAGAAUGGCUCAUGGUACGGCACUUGGGGUGUUUGCUUUACUUAUGGUGCCUUCUUUGCCAUAAAAGGAUUAGUUGCUGCCGGAAGAACUUAUGAUAACAGCAUACACGUGAGGAAUGGAUGCAACUUCCUCAUAUCAAAGCAACUUAGUGGCGGUGGAUGGGGUGAGAGCUACCAUUCGAGUGAAAAUGAGGACUAUGUCCACAGUGCGAGUCCACAUGCAGUAGGCACUGCUUGGGCGAUGCUAGCUUUAAUUUAUUCUGGGCAGACUGAGCGGGAUCCAGAACCCCUAUAUCGUUCCACAAAACAACUGAUCAAAAUGCAGAUGGAAACUGGUGACUUCCCCCAACAAGAACAUGUUGGGUGUUUCAAUUCCUCCCUUUACUUCAACUACCCGAACUACCGGAAUUUAUUCCCCAUCUGGGCUCUAGGAGAAUUCCGCUGCCGACUUCUUGGAAUGAAGAAGUGA